AUGGAUACCGCCGAGAACUUCUGCGCCCUAUGCACCGACGAGAAAGGCGUCGACAAAUUUGGCAAGCCCCUCCACCACAAAGUGUCAUCCUUCCACCGUGUAAUCCCCGAUUGCCAGAGCGACGAAUUCACUGCGAGUAGCGGCACUGGCGGCGAGUCGACCUACGACGCCAAGUUCGGCGACAAAAACAUCGUGAGAAAGUACACCGGGACCUGUCGAUGGCGAAUGUCGGGUCGGGGACAAACGAUACGCAAUUAUUCAUCUUCACGACAACGACGAAGUGGCUUGACGACAAGCACAUGGUGUUCGGGCAGGUGGUGGAGGAUUACGGCAUAUUGA